CGUGGAAGUUACACGCAUCAACCCUAACCUAAGCUAACCUCUACUACUACUACUACUACUACUGCUACUACAGUGACCAAGAAACACACAGAAAGAUUGAAAUAGAGAAAAAGACACUUAUAAUUGUUUUUAAGUGUUUUUUUGUGUUUGUUCAUGUUUGUUGUGAAAAAUUAAGUGCUUUUGUACAUAACUUGUGUUUCGAAGUGUUGUAUUAGUUAUAGUAGUAGUUACAGUAGCCAAAAUGAAACACACACACAAGCUACCACUUAUACUACAACCACCACCCCUACUACUACUCCUACUACUGCUACUACUACCACUACUGCUACCGGUCACAGAAGCGGCUAUCGAGGAAGUUGAGAUCACGCCUUCCAGUACUAACGGGAUUGAGUUAGGAGAGCUGUCUUACCCACAAUUCCUCUUCGCUUGUAUUAUAUUUAUCAAGUUAGUAACGUUGUAUGCUGUGGGAGUCUUACCAGUGGAAAUCAAUCUGGGAGAGAAGUUUGGAUUUGAAUACUACGAUGACUACGACUACUAUGAUGACUUUGAAAGGUUAGGAACGGAAGUUAGGAACGUGCCGGUGGAGAUACAGAGAAGGAGAGGUCACGAUGAAAAGCCAAGGAUGUUACAGCACCCGUUGCCCGGCCUGGCUCUGGACUGCACCCUUCAAUAUAUCUGCGAGGUGGACCGAUGGACACUGAGAUCACACGCCUCCCUACCUGAGAAAAUGCUCGCUUACAUAUUCAGGAAUGAGAAGGCCGUGUUUACCAAGAGAGAAGGAGUGACGUACGGUGGUCUGGGCACGUGUAGGGAGAUGUACCCGUGUCCACUCGAUAUUCAGACCGUGGUGGGCAUUAAGAUCCCUGGCUCACAGCAGGACAUUUAAACUACUACUGCUGCUGCUGCUACUACUACUACUACUACUACUUCUGCUGCUACUGAUGGGCCCUAAGAUCCCUGGCUCACAGACUACUACUACUACUACUGCUACUGCUGCUCGUGGUACUGGUGGGCCCCAAGAUUCCUAGCUCACAGCAGGAUAUUUAAACUACUACUACUACUACUACUACCACUACUACCUCUACCACCACCACCACUACUACUUAACCUAACCUAACCUUAUUUAUUUAUUUAUUUAUCUAUCUAUUUUAUCUCACUGUAAUUAUCAUCACAUUUUUUUCAUCCAUCAUUAUUUAUUUAUUUAUUUCUCUCCAUUCAUUCAUUCAUUCAUUUGUUUUUUUCACUGUUCUUCGUAUGAGUGGGUGGCAAUUUUCACUGUCCUUCGUUCACUGUGUCCAUAAACCAACGAAUUAAUCUGUAUUUUCUUCUUCUUCUCGUUUUUUUUUUUCUAUUUUCGCUCGUGUGUAUACUGUGUGUGUGUGUAUGUGUGUUCUCAUAACGUUGUAUUUACUCAUCAAUUAAUCUAACUAUUGUAACUAUUUUUUCUGUAUAUUUUUUGUAUUUCACCAAAAAAUAUACUACUUAGCCAUUCCAAUGUACCGUUUUCUUCAAUAGAGGGAGCGCUGUGGCUGUUUGUGUGUAUGUAUUACCAUCUUACACUGUAGCAUACUUGUCAGGCUACGCUAUGUGGUGUGUUAGCGUGAAGUUAGCGUUACAGACCAUAACUUUGUGUGAAUAAGGUUAAUUACACUCUAAGAUAAGGAAAUAAUACAAGAAAUGAUUGACAAGCUGGCCUGCUGGUGCGUGAAGGUAAAAAAAGAAAAUUGUUUAAGUUACCCAUUCCAAUAUUAAAAGUUACAUUAGUCACCCAUUUAAAUAUAUUGUUUUCUGCAAUUAAGUGAGAAAUAUUGUUGUUUUUUUAUGUAUAUAUUAAAAAAUUACAUUAGUCGACCAUUUAAAUAUACCGUUUUCUUCAAUUAAGUAAAGAAUAUAGCUAGUUUUGUGUGUAUAUUAAAAAAUUACACUAGUGGGCCAUUUAAAUAUAGCGUUUUCUUCAAUUAAGAGAGAAAUAUUGUUGUUGUUUUUCUAUAUAUUGGGAAAUCAUAUUAGUGGGUCAUAAAAAUAUAGCGUUUUCUUCCAUUAAUUAAGGUGUUUGGCCAGGGAAAGGGUGUGGUCUGCCAAACACUGCACAAAACACUACAAAAAAAAGGCCAUUUAUUACAAUUUCUUUAAGGCAAACACUGUAAAAAGAACAACA